CACUCUUAAGUGCGGCGCUCAACGCCGAGGAAGACGAUCGAAGGUGGCUUAAGUGCGCCUGCGCCUGGGGCUCAUGCAGCUCACUUUCAUUUUCGAGUCGUACUGAAGAUGUCGUUCGUCGCUUCGCUCUCCGCGCCCGCGCCCGUCGCCGGCUUCUCGCCCAUGACCUCGGGCCGCCGCGCGCCCUUGGCCACGUCGGCUGCCAAGUGGGAUGCCCGCUACUCGCACGCGGUGCCCCACGACGCUUCGUACUACGGCAAGUGCAUGAUCGGCGGUAUCCUCUCGUGCGGCCUUACGCACACGCUCAUCACGCCGUUGGACGUCGUCAAGUGCAACAUGCAGGUCUUCCCCGGCAAGUACAACGGCCUCGUCCAGGGCAUCAAGCUCGUCGCUGCUGAGGAAGGUGCUUCGGCCCUCUUCAAGGGCUGGGCGCCCACGGCCAUCGGCUACUCGGCCCAGGGCUUUUGCAAGUUCGGCUUCUACGAAAUCUUUAAGGAUUUCUACUCGACGCUCGCCGGCGAGGAGAACGCGUACAAGUACCGUGGCAUGAUCUUCUUGGCUGGUUCGGCCUCGGCUGAGUUUAUCGCCGAUGUUGCCCUCUGCCCCAUGGAAAUGGUCAAGGUGAAGGUCCAGACGUCGCCUGCCGGCACGUUCCCCGUCGAGCUCGGCCCUGCCGUCGCCGCCAUGAAGGCCAACGCCGCCGAGACCCGCUACCCUUUCGGCUCGGUCGUCCCGUUGUGGUCGCGCCAGAUCCCGUACACGAUGGCCAAGUUCUUUUUCUUCGAGAAGGUCGUCGAGGCGUUCUACACGCACGUCUUUACCGAGCCCAAGGAGUCGUACCCCAAGAGCACGCAGCUCGGUGUCACGUUCGCCUCGGGUUACCUUGCCGGUGUCAUCUGCGCCAUUGUCUCGCACCCCGCCGACUCUCUCGUCUCGCUUAUGGGCAAGGCCGAGAACAAGGGCAAGGGCCUCGGCCAGAUUGCCUCGGAGACCGGCUUCGCCAACCUCGCCACGAAGGGCCUCGGCACGCGUAUCAUCAUGAUCGGUACGCUCACGGGUCUCCAGUGGUGGAUCUACGACUCGUUCAAGUCGGCGCUCGGCAUGGGCACGACCGGCGGUGUUGCCAAGAAGUAAAUAUUCAUCUAGUCUCGAGUUUUCUAGAUUCGCCGACUGGCACCAAUAUACGCAAUCUGAUGUCAUCUUUUGUCGACGAA